GUUACAUUUGUUAUGAAACUGUCACUUUGGAGCGGUCACUUUUAGAACACAAUCAACUGCCAGCGGUGCUGAAAGAUCUGUCUUAAGACUGCCGUUGGGGAUUGAAACGGUUGGAGAGCCCACAAGACUUGUGAGGGCUUUUUGUCCUUCCUGCUCCCAGUGAUGGCGCUGGCUGAUUUCAGGGAUGAGUUGAACUGCUCCAUCUGCACGGAGCUCUACGUAAACCCUGUAAUGUUGCCUUGUGGGCACAACUACUGCCAGGGCUGCAUUACCAAAACAUGGGAGAGCGAGGAAAGCCGCGGGGAAGUUUUUGCCUGUCCAGAAUGUCGCAGGAGUUCUAUGAGAAGACCAGAGCUUACCAGAAAUCUGACCCUUCGGAAUAUAGUGGACAAGGUCCGUUUGACCCAGAAAGAGAGUGGCAUCUUCUGCACUUAUUGUGUCCACUCACCUGUACCUGCUUCUAAGACGUGUCUCCUGUGUGAGGCUUCCCUGUGUGUCACUCACCUGUACUGGCACAGCAAGUCCGACAAGCACCUCCUCACUGAGCCCACGGCUGUCUUUGAGAGCAAAAAGUGCCCCAUCCAUGGCAAAGUCCUGCAGUAUUACUGCAAGGAGGACGGUGCCUGUAUCUGCGAGUCCUGCCUUUUGGAACACAGGGGCCACCAGGUGGAGAAGCUGAAUGAGGCCUCUGAGAAGAGAAAGGAGAGUUUGAGAAAUAUUUUGGAGAAACUGACCCCAAAAAGAAAGAAUACUGAGGAAAGACAGCAGAGACUGGAGGAGUGCAAGAGACAAGUCAAAUGUAAAUCAGAAGAUCAGGCCAAAGAAGUCACUAACCUUUUUAAGGACAUCAGGAAAAACCAGGAGGCCCUGGAGAAGAGGGUCCACCAUGAAGUCUCCCAGUUGGAAAAGAAACUGUUAAAUCCAUUCACUGAUCAGAUCAAUGAGCUGGAAAUAAAAAAACAGAAUCUGAUGAAGAACAUCCAUCACAUUGAGGAGCUGUGCAACAUGGUCAACCCCAUAGCGGUCAUUCAGGAAUGGAAUUCAGAAGGAGCUGCUCUUAGUUACACCGAAGAGGGAGAUAUUGAGGGCCCAGGAGGAGAAGACAUUGAGGCCCCGGCUUUAGAGCAAAUGGAUCAGGUCUCAGAGACAUUGCUCACUGGAUUAAAUGGGAUUGUCACUGAGAUAAGAACAUUGAUUUAUAAGCAGAAGGCUCCAGCCAUGGACAUCAAAAAGGCAGAAGAUGAUGUGGCUCCUUCAGAAGAACCAAAAACUUCAUGCUGCUCAGGAAAAAGUCAGCAAAAACCAUCAUCUUGUACCAAAAAGAAAGAGAAGCCGACGGUGUUUAGGAGCGUCUCUUGUUUUGAGGCCUCGUGCUGUGUAGUCCCACCAAUGUACAUUGAGAGGGCCACCGAUAUAACUCUGGAUAGAAACACAGCCGCUAAUAACGUGCUUGUAUCUAAUGGCAAUAAAAUGGCCUCAUACUCCGAAACAAGACAGUGUUACCCAGAAUCCCCCGAGAGAUUCCAGGAAUCUCAGGUCCUGAGUAGCAGGCUCUUUGCUUCUGGCCAACACUACUGGGAGGUGGAGGUGAGUGAACUGGGGGAAGUGAGGAUCGGGGUGGCCUAUCCCAGUAUAGCCAGGAAAGGGUUCCGGUCCUACAUUGGGGAGAAUACAAAGUCCUGGUGUUUGUACCGAUAUGAAACUUCCAGCAAACUAGAAGAGAAGCAGCAGAGGUUCUCGGGGAGACACGGCAGUAAAGAAACCCACCUGCCCUACAGGGUUUCCUGCCACCGGCUGGGGGUCUAUCUCGACUGUGAGGCCGGCAGUGUGUCCUUCUAUGAGCUGUGUGACCAAAUCAGGCACUUACACACCUUCACUGCCACCUUUACCGAACCCCUGCAUGCUGCAUUCUGUGUGUGGGGGGGUGCCUCUGUGACUGUCCUUAGCUAGAGCCUGUACCCCAAUAGGAAGCGUCUCUGGGUGGGACCUGAUAGGGAGAUCCUUUGAUCAGAACAUUCCUUCUCUGUAUAUUUGUAUUUAUACAUAUGGGUAGGAGGUGCCAUAGUGUUUCCCUUAGACAG